AUGUCGUCUUCAGCUCCUCGCUCCGGCGAGCGCAUGAUUCACCAAGACUUCAUCGCACGCAUCCGAUUCUCCAAUGCGCUCCCUCCGCCACCACAUCCUCCCAAGCUGCUCGAUAUCCCUAAUACUGGCCUCGCCAGUGGACAGUACACGACGCCUGGCUUUGCUUCGCGCCUUGCGAGAGAGCAGCCGCUGAAUAUCGAGGCUGAUGCUGAGCUGGGCAUGCCCCUUGACUUGGUGGGCAUGCCUGGUGUUUUCGAUGGUGAUGAACGAUCUAUCCAAGCUCCCGCUCACCCUCCCACUCUUCAUCCUCACGACCGACCGCUAUUAAGACCCAUCGCCGCGCUCGGAAAGCAUAAGGCUGCCGAGGCCAACGUUUCUUUCCUCCGCCGAACAGAAUACAUCUCUUCAAGUAUUUCAAAGCGCCAGGAAGCACUCGCACCCCGUGCUCUGCUUGCCAAGACCAAGAGACGCCUCCCAGAACCUGCGGCGGAUUCACCUCAUGCCAUUAAGCGCAAGAUCGACAAGGGCUUCGAAAUCGCUGAGCAAGAAUUCAAGGACCCCAAACGCGUCAAGCACCCCAGCAAGAAGAAUCUUAAGUUGGUCGAUGUCUCGCCUCUUAUCCCUGAUCUCGACGCUUUCCCCGACUCUGGCGCAUAUGUGACGAUCAAAUUCCACCAGAACCCCCUGGUUAGCACAAAGGGCUAUGACAAGCGUCUUCUCAACGGUCUGUUCCGACCCAUUGAUCGCAAUCCUCACGAGGAAGAGGCGUUUGAGGCAGCUGUGGCAGCCCACGAGCAAGAUCCCGCCAACAACCCUAAACCUCAGAACUUGAUGAACUAUGAGUACUACUUGGCGGCAUCCGGCUUGACAGCAGAGCACUUCCGUCGCAGAUUUGAGGUUGAAGAUAACGACCAUCUUGGCGAGGAGGAAGGCUAUACUCAUAAAUCUGAUGACGCCGAAGGCUGCUUCCAGUACCACAAAGUUCGAGCAUAUGAGACAUCCCAGGAGACCGAGUUCGAGCAUACGCAUAAGUUUGACGAAGAGAUCAUCUUGUCGUACAACGAUGACACAUUCUACCCAAACCAAAAGGCCGUGUACUAUUAUCCUGUUAUGCAAAAGUCAGUCAUCAGACCUCAGCGCACGAAGAACAUUGCGCGAAACAUCGGUAUCACCGAUGAGGAGCAGACCGUCGACCAGCUCGACGUCACUGUUGAGGACCCAAGGCAGGAUAUGCGCGAGCUCAUGAAGUCGUACCGCGAUAAUCCUCUUGGCACAGGGGAAGAUGAGGAGGAAGAGGAGCACCACGAAGGCCAUGAUGCUGAAGGCGAGGAUGACGCUGGUCAUCGCUCAAGGUCGGCUUCUGAAGAGCGUGACGCAGAGGGCGAGGACGAGGAAUAA